AUGGUGGGGCUUACGCUGUGGCUUAAGACCGAGCCUGGCUUCAACGAGUGGGUGAACGACCUCAGCAUCGAAGAGUUCUUCACCGGCCUCUACGUGCUGCUGGCUGGUGGCAUCAUCAUAAUGCUGGUGGCCUUUCUGGGCUGCUGCGGCGCUCUGAUGGAGAAUACUGUGCUCCUGUACGGGUUCAUCGCCACGCAGGUGCUCGGCUUCAUCCUGGGCAUGGCGGGCUCGGCCGUGUUGCUAGACUUCAGCACCAUCAACUCCAAGAUCGAGCCGCUCAUCCGCCAGGCCAUGCGGUCGCUCAUCGCCGACUCCAACAACCCCAGGAGCGCCUCCACGCUGCACAUGAUCCAGGAAAACGUGGGCUGCUGCGGCGCGGACGGCCCCAGCGACUACAUGUCGCUGAAGCAGCCGCUGUCCAGCAGCUGCCGGGACACCGUCACCGGCAACGUCUACUUCUACGGCUGCGUCGACGAGCUCACCUGGUUCCUGCAGGACAAGGCCGCCUGGAUCUGCGCGCUCGCCAUGCUCGUCUGCUUCAUCAACGUCCUGAACUGUGCUUUGACUCUUACGCUCAUCCAGGCAUUGAAAAAGGAAGAGGAAGACGCUCUCAAGCGCUAACAAAUGACAUCCAUCAACCUUGCGCCACCACAGCGUUGAGUCGGCGCAGUCUACACGCAUUGCUACGUCAGUUAUAGAAAAUGUGCUGUUUAGCAGCCAUUAACAUAUGUAUUUCACGUAUCAUAAAUUUUCUAUGAAAUCACAACAGUGUUUCCUUUUGUAAAUUGUGGACCAAGUGUGUAGAUGUAACUAAAUUUAUUAAUUACAUAGAUGUUUCGUAUAAUUUAACUACAUAUAAACAUUCACUUUAGAUAAUUCUUAAAUACAUUUAUGUCCGCUACUAUUUAAGUAUGUAUAAACAGUUACUUUAGUUAAUUUUCUAGCUAUAGGAUAGUUUAGUAACUGGCUCAGAUAAUGUCUGAUGACAGAUCAAAACGUGUUCAUGAUAUCUGCUUACAUUUCUUUUCACAUUUCUUUGAAUAGAUUUUUCUCUUAGUUAUUUGUUUUAGUCUUUACGCUACAUACAGAUUGAGAAAAUUGCAUCAGGCAAUAAGCAUUUAGCUUUUACUAUGUUCACAGACCUUGGAAAGAAUGAAUUUUAGUAACACCGCAAUACUGUACAAUAUUUGAUGUAAAAAUAAUGGAAUGGCACAAUUAAUUGUAUCCUUAAUUUUCUUGUGACGUCUUUUGGAAGUUUGGCUUAUUAUACUGUAAUUUAGUAUGAAUCAUUUAGUGAAUAUUAUUCUUUCAGCCAAAGGCUACGUCCAUUCAUUGUAUCAGAUUUUUUAAGGCAUAGAAAUUCAUCCAUAUCUUCCAGCAUAUUAUUUACGAGAUUAUAUUAGCCUACUUACCACACCCACCCAAAGACAAGAGCCUCGAUUAUAUUUAUCUUUAUUAUUACGUAGUGUUCUGUGCCAAGAAUAUCGUUCCCAAAAUUCCUCUUCAUUAUCAGUAAUCAGUGCUACACCAUUUUCAAAUGUUUUCCUCCCUGUGCACAUUUCACUGAUAGUUCCCCAUUAUUCUGCCAUCUUGUGCAAUCCGUUAUGAUAGGGUGCAUGUAAGUGAAAAUGAUCCAAGCAAAUCUUCCCUCAUACGCGCAUCUAGAAAGGAUUUACCUUGACAUAUCACAUCGUUAUCAUUCACAUACGCUGCCCACUAAACCUUUUCUGUUCCUAGGUAGUAGUCUUCGGUUGUCCGAACGAUUCAUCUCAAUUAAUUCUGCCAAUAGCUCCCACCAAGUCAGUGCAACAGUAUAGCGGCCACAGCAUCGACACAUAAAUGUACACAGCGUAGGUCUGAGUUACUGCAACCACAUAGCAGCACAACUCCUCCUGAAGGACGGCGCUUUAAUUACGCUAAUUUCUGCAAGUUUGAGCAUUUGUUUUACGGCCUAUACCGUUCACUUUACGACUGCGAGGUCCUUGUUGUUUCAGCAAAUACCCAUUUCGCCCCUUCAGGUGCCUCAUUCGCCGCCGUUCGCAAUAAUUUUCGUCGAGCGCGGAACUGGCUGGGAACGGCCACUUGAAUUCCACCUUGUUCCAGGGCUACAAUCAGCGGGCCAAUAACUUCGGUGCCGCUGCCGGUAUGCGCACUCCCAACCCAGCUCUCCUCCCCCCCCCCCCCCCAACUGCAAUAGCAACUGGUCCUCGGGCGCUCGUUUUCGGUUGCGAUAUGUUACACACUGCCCCUUCCUUUGUUUCUCAGUGUGAUUGUUCGCGGUCGCUCGCCACCGACCUGCAGUUUCUGGCAAUUCGAACAAUAAAUCAGACCGAAAUUGGACUCAUCUUUUCUGCGUGGGGCUUCUUCCCGCUCUACAUCGGUAUCCUUUAAAAAAGUCAACAGUUGUAGCGCAUGCACAGCUUUAUAACAUGGACACUGAGCGUGUUUGUCACAAAAAUUAAGCAAAUACCUUCUCAUGAAAUAAACAAUGAGAUAACGUUAAUUGGUCAUGUACGUUUUAUCUUUAUUACACCGUGUGCUUAGUUGCGGAUCCAGGAAAUGCUCAUAUAAAUACUUCUUCAUCACAUAUUGCCCCCCUCCCCCCCUCUUUCUGCUUCUUCUUUCAUUAUAAAGUACUACAUUCUUCAGGCAGAUGACCUAAGAACUGCUCAUCUCACUUCUUUGGCCGUCAGUAUUUGUCCUCUAACUGGUGUGAAGCUCAAGAUACAUUCCGCUCGAAAUUUAUUUGCACCAGUAAACUUCCUUGUUGAUAACAGCUAUUAUUGACAUUCAUUUUACUGGUUUUCUGAGUACACCUUCUUGCGAUAACUCACCGACCCACAAUUCAAAUAUCGGCCUUCCUUUUUUCCUCCAGAUGCAACGGUCUCAAUUGUACUGAACAGUGCUCCAUAUGUAGAACUUUAGGAGCUAGUUUCUUAAAGUUAAGCUCUGCCAAAGUUCCAGUAAUUGCCUAUUGCUGUUGAACACAGCGUUUCCGACGGAAAUAAUCGAUUUAAUUUCCAUUUAUUAUCCCUCGUUGACUACGCAGUUAUUGUAAGUGGUCAAUAUCUUCUAGGCCGUGACUUCCUAAUCGUCUUCAUCUCUUAGGUAUCCCCAUUACUUGCACGUUAAACACCAUACCAAAAUCCUUUCCUUCUUCCAUCAGCUUCUUUACAAUGUUUUGCUUGCAUUCUUCUUGACUGAAUAACAAUACCAGAAUGUCAACAAGCGUAAUAGUUGCGACGCCACUCCACCACACAUAUCCUUCAAAACAUCAUUAUCCAACCCGUUUUCAAAUACAUUGACUGUGUUUGUAUCAAUAACUACUGAUAUAGUUUUAUGUAAGCAAAUUUUUAACUGUUUUUGUAUCUGUGACGUAGAAUAUUUUGUUUAAUAAAGAGAAAUAAAAGAGAAGUAACGUA